UGUUGGUCAAGUUGGAGGGUGCGAGAUGGAUCUGGUCUGCCCCCGACUUCUCGGUGCGGGCGGGCGACUUGUCAGAUCGAGCGGCCGUGGUGUCGAUGAUCCCGCUGCAGCGCGACUCGCCGUACCCUCCCAACUUGCAUGUGUACGGAUUCGACAACCCGAUUGACGCUCAGGACCUGGCGAGGAUCAGAGCAGAGGGUCGGGCGCUCGCGGAGAUCCUCGGAGCGCCCGUCGCCGCCGUGGCAGGUGCGGCUGUGCCCGACGGCGCCGUGUACAUGUAUUCGGACCCGUCGUGCAAGUUCUUCGCGGAGGAGGUUGACGACAAUUUGCUGGGCUCAGAGGCGACGACCGUGGCGAGAGGCCCGGUCGCGCUCGUGAAGCGCGGCGACGAGUGGAAGACGGCGGAGCGGGUCCCCCCGAGGGACAAGCUACGCUGGAUGCAGGAGAAGUUGUGCGGCGAGAGCAGAGAUUCGAGAUUGCUACCCUUGCGGCUGGAUCCGACCACGCAGACGCGCUCAACGACCUUGAGGGAGGCCGUCAAGUUGCUGAAGCAGUCGAUGCAGGCCGACGGGUUCCCCUUCCAGAAGAGUCGUUCGAUCUUGGAGUUAACCAAGGGAGUGGCGGCGUCUGGGCACGAGUUCGGCACGUGCCACACUUUCUGGGUGAGAAGCAGUACGGUGGGAGAGCGUACGGCGGUCGCCAUCGAGCAUUUCCACUUGCUGACGCUGCUGCACAUGAUGGUGUGUUAUGAUCAGUUGAACUUGCCUAACAUGGCCGCGGCGGAGUUCGCGUCGCGCCGGGCGCUGAUGAUCCAGCGGGCAGUGCGCCGCAAUCCUCGGAACCCCGAUUUCGAAGGCCUCGACUCGUUCAUGGCUCACGCCUUCGACGCCAGCGGAGGAGUGGUCACGACGCAGUUCGAUCAGGAGAUGGCCGAGAUGCGCAAGACUCAGGCCAUUAUCAUGAAGAGCGAUCGUUUGUUGAAGGAGGAGUUUGAGGCCGACUCGAAGCGCCAGAAGGACGGCAACCACAAGGACAAUAACAAGGACAAGAACAGCGACCCGAAAGGGUCGCAGGGAGGACGAUGGCUCUACGGCCCCGGGGUGGCGCCGUUCGCCGCGGCGGCACCCCGUAUCAUGAUCCCCGCGUGGGAACGGCCGGCGACCUGGGCGCUCUGCUUGCCUCAGCGACCUCUCCGGCUGCUGGCAGGACGAGCCACGGGUUGCACCUGGACGUCGACGACGGCGCUCUCGUGCUGGACUCGGCGGACCGGGACGUCUUUCCCCUUCCUUGUGUUGGAGAUCGGCGUGAUGCGCCCUGCGCGGGCAUCUUACCGCGUCGCGCUGCCGCUUGUGAUCGGAGGUUUGCAGAAGAGGGGCGCCCUCAAAAGCGUCCUUCGAGCUCUGAGCGUCUACGACUUUUCCACGGACGACGCCGCCCGCAGGCCCUUUGAUGCCUCCCGCGUUCGGGUCGUUCGUGACGGCGGCGUUCGCCCCGAGCCAGUCGGCGCAGUGGUCGGGCCUGACGCUCGGCCAAUGGCGGCUGAUCCCUGGAAUUGGAUUUUCAGGACUCCAACUGAUGAAAACAGGAUCGCAGCGGAGGCAACGGCGAAGCCCUACCUCGACCCCGUGCUGCGCGACCCGCGUCACAUGAGCGCUCUCGUGAAUAAGCUGAACGACGCGGGGAUGCUGUCCUUUCGCCGCCGAGCGCGCUGCUUCGCGGGCGCCUUCACGGUGAUAAAGAAGGACGGGCACCACUUAAGGCUCGGUCUGGACUGCAGGCCCGCGAACGUUUUGCACCGCGAUCCUCCGGUCAGUCAGCUAGCGACGGCAUCGGCCUUGGCGGGCCUCGUGUUGAGGGACGGCGAGACCUUGGCUACGGAGCACGACGCCGCGGGCCGUCCGUUAGACAUGCCCUUCUCAGGCGCGGACUUGACCGACGGCUACUUCCAGUUCGAGUUUGAGGAGGUUGCCGGCUACUUCUGCCUGGCCCACAAGGUGCGGGCGAGCGACUUCGGCGUCACGAAGCCCGGCCUUCCCAUCCUCGCGCCGUACGUGGGCAGCGCCUUCUUGAUCUGCUGGGACCGCGAGGACGCCUCAGAGUGCUUCGGAUACCUGUUGGAGGAGCUGAAGCGACGGGGCUUCGUGUGGCGGGACGAGAUCUGCGCCGAGCGGGACGUCGUGCAGGUACGACGCCUAGUGGGCCACCUGGUCAAUCAUUUUAUGCUGUUCCCGCCUGUCAUGUCUGUCUUGCACGAUGUGUGGCGCUGGCUCUCCGAGCACACGGAUCAGGUCGCAGAGCUGACCCCGGCAGUGAUUGGCGAGUUGCAGACGGCAGCGGGCCUUGUGCUCAUCACCCGACAUCGUGUUCGCCUGAAGACGGCGACUACGGUGUUCUGCUCCGACUCCAGCGGGGCGGGCUACGCGCUGCACGUCGGCCGGUUUUCGGAGCGGGAGGUGCUGGGCGCGAUCAGGUGGCGGGAGCACUGGCGAUUCAAGACCAUCGAGGAGUGCGCGCAGGACGACACCACGGACUCCGACCCUUUCCCCAGCUCCAUCGCCGCGGACUCGGCCUCGCUCGCCCCUGCCUUCGAGGAGGAGCUGGGCUUUGGCGAGGUGGGGCCAGCGGAGUUAACGACCUCUACGCGGAGCGCGGGCUCUUCGGCUGUGGUGUCGCGGCGGGCUACUCUGGGUGCCGACGCGCACGCCCUGCCGGAGCUCGCG